AUGGCUUAUAAUCCCUCAGCAAACGGAUUAGCCGAGGCGUUCAACAAGACGAUCAUCAAGAUCCUGUCCAAGCUGACCUCCAAUGGCAAGCGCGACUGGGAUGAGAAGCUAGGUGAAAGCUUAUGGGCGUAUCGGACCACAGUUCGCACGCCGAUUGGUGCCACACCUUACUCAUUGGUAUACGGUUGUGAGGUCGUACUGCCACUCGAAAUUCAGAUUCCGUCCCUAUGCAUCGCACUUGCAACGGGGAUGACGACUGAAGAAAGUCAUCAACAGCGUCUCGCAGAAUUGGAGGCGUUAGAUGAAAAGCGGCUUGAGGCUCAACAACACAUUGAGUUCUAUCGAGCCCGAAUCUCCAAGGCUUUCGACAAGAAAGUCAAACACAGAUCAUUCAAGGAGGGAGAGUUGGUCCUCGCAGUUCGGCGACCCAUGAUCCUCAACUCCAAGAAAAAAACAAAGGUCGAGGAGGUGGUAGGGAAUGCUAUUGAGAUUGCAGCUCAGCUGGAUGGGCCAAGUGCUUCUAGUGCUCAGGUCGAGAGGUCUGAGAAGAAGAGGAGACGGCUAAGGAAAGCUAGGGAGGGGAGAGGAGCAGAGGUGUCCACACCUGUCCUUGCUCAAGAAGCUGAGGAAGGUGAAGACCUCACCACUCGUCUCCCUAAGGCCACUCACAUAAAGCAAGGCGACAUCAUCGUUGUCGUCGAUGAGGAAUCCCCUUCUUGUACUAAGCGGGGUGGAGCGGUGGUGCACGAGCCUGUUGAGGCCCAGGCUCGGAUCGAGCAGGGCAAGGAGCUAGCUGUCAAAGAGCCAACAGCAGUGAGGCACCUCCUAUUCAUGAGCAUCGCAUUGGGUAGCCCUUACCCUACUGUAUUGAUGAGCUCGAGCCAUACUUGUGGGGGGAGCUGA